CCACUCCCAAGUCAGACUCCUAUUGACUCCCAUACCAACUCAACCAAACCCUCAUCUCUCUCUCUCUUUCUCUCUUCUAUAUGCAUAUUUAUAUAUAUGUAAGUAUUAUGUUGUGUCAAUGAAGUAUGGUGAGGUAAAGCUUUGCCCUGAUGAAGCUAAAGCUUACCACCUCUACAAGUCUCUCUUAAGAUUAUUACACAACUAAAUUAUACGUACGUAUAAUAUAUUGUAUUUAUAUAUGUGCAACCAGUUUUUGAUCUUUCAACUUCUUAACUAAUCUUCCAUUUCAAAAUACUCAUUCGUAUAUAUAUAUAUAUAUAUAUAUAUAUAUAUAUGGAAGAAAAAGGAUACACCCAAGAUGGCACCGUGGAUAUCCGAGGCCGCCCUGUUCUUGCUUCUAAAACUGGCAGAUGGAAAGCCUGUGCUUUCCUUGUUGGGUAUGAAGCAUUUGAGAGGAUGGCCUUCUAUGGCAUAGCAUCAAACCUUGUGAAUUACUUGACCACCCAACUCCAUGAAGACACUGUCUCAUCAGUCAGAAAUGUUACCAACUGGUCUGGUUCAGUGUGGAUCACUCCUAUUCUUGGCGCCUACAUAGCCGAUUCUUACUUGGGUCGCUUCUGGACUUUCACUAUCUCUUCUCUCAUAUAUGUCCUGGGUAUGGUGUUGUUAACAAUGGCGGUUUCGUUGAAAUCUUUGAAGCCAACUUGUAUGAAUGGAGUCUGCAACAAGGCCAGUAAGCUGCAGAUUUCAUUCUUCUACACAUCUCUAUACAUCAUAGCAAUAGGAGCAGGAGGCACAAAGCCUAACAUCUCAACUUUUGGGGCAGACCAGUUUGAUGAUUUUAACCCAAGUGAUAAAAAACUAAAGGUUUCAUUCUUCAAUUGGUGGAUGUUCAGCUCUUUCCUGGGUGCAUUGGUUGCCACAAUAGGGCUUGUCUAUAUUCAAGAGAACUUGGGUUGGGGUUUAGGGUAUGGUAUCCCUACAGUAGGGCUGUUGUUAUCUUUGUUUUUGUUCUAUAUUGGGACACCAAUGUACAGGCACAAAGCUAGGAGCACCAAAAGUCCAGCAAGAGACCUUGUUCAAGUCCUUAUCACUGCUUUCAGAAACCGGAAGCUCAGCCUCCCUGGCAACCCAUCAGAGCUUCAUGAGUUUGAGAUCCAACAAUACAUUAGUACAGGAAAACGGCAAGUCCAACACACUCCAAUGUUCCGGUUCUUGGACAAGGCUGCAAUAAAGGAGAAUAACAGAGUGUCAGAGAAUAGUGGGUCAAACCCAGCCUGCACAGUGACUCAGGUGGAAGGCACUAAACUUGUUUUUGGAAUGAUGUUGAUAUGGGUAGUGACCCUGAUCCCUAGCAGCAUCUGGGCACAAAUCAACACACUGUUUGUCAAACAAGGCACUACAAUGGACAGGAGAAUAGGCCCAGAUUUCCAAGUCCCAGCAGCUUCUCUAGGUAGCUUUGUCACUCUCUCCAUGCUCCUCUUUGUUCCCAUGUAUGACAGGUUUUUUGUGCCCUUGAUGCGCAAGAAAACAGGCAACCCAAGAGGGAUAAGUCUCCUACAAAGACUUGCCAUAGGGUAUAUGAUCCAAGUCGCAGCUGUGGGCAUUGCUUAUUGUGUGGAAGUGAGGAGAAUGCAUGUGAUUAAGGUACACCAUGCCAUGAACCCCAAGGACAUUGUCCCCAUGAACAUUUUCUGGUUACUCCCUCAGUAUGUUCUACUUGGGAUAGCAGAUGUUUUCAAUGCAAGCGGUCUGCUUGAAUUUUUCUAUGAUCAGUCACCACAAGACAUGCAAAGCCUAGGUACAACUUUCUUCACAAGCGGUAUCGGCAUCGGAAACUUCUUGAACAGCUUUUUGGUUACAAUGGUUGAUAAAAUUACAGGUAUGGGUGGAAGAAAGAGUUGGAUUGGAGAUAAUCUGAAUGAUUGUCAUUUGGAUUAUUUCUAUGCAUUUCUUCUUCUCAUAUCUACACUGAAUUUAGGAGGUUUCUUCUGGGCAUCAUCUAAAUAUAUCUACAAGACUGAAUUGGAUCAUAGUGAAGCUUUUACUCAAAUGGAUCUCAAACCCUUGGACACUACUACUCUUGGGUUACAAGUAUGACACAGUAAUGAUCAUUAACCUCUUGUAAUUAGUAGUAAUAUGUAUGUCUCUCAGCUUUUUUCCCCCUUGAUUAAUUCCCUGCCUGUUACACCCUGAAGGGUGUAAUUAAUUUCCCAACUAGUUAUCACUUUCUCCAUGUAGAGAUCAUGAAUAAAAUUACUUAAUUUGCAGGA